CCAUGCCUUUACCUAUAUGAGAUCAUUCGUACCCAGUCUCUGGCUCGAGCUGUCAAAAACUCGGGCUUCUCGCACUGCUUCGUUCAUUCGUGUCCGCUACUUCAGCCAAGUUUGACCGCGUUGCAAUUUUCUUCUCCAAACAAGUUACUAACCGUCCUAUUUCACAAUGGCUGAUAAUGACGAUCUUUUGGACUACGAGGAUGAGGAUCAGACCGAGCAGGUUACCACCGAGCCGGCCGAGCAGCCCAAGAAGGACGUGAAGGGAACGUACGUCUCGAUCCACAGUUCCGGUUUCCGUGAUUUUCUCUUGAAGCCGGAAAUUUUACGCGCCAUCGUCGAUUGUGGUUUCGAACAUCCGUCUGAAGUGCAACACGAAUGUAUUCCGCAAGCUGUGCUUGGAAUGGACAUCCUCUGCCAGGCCAAGUCUGGUAUGGGAAAGACGGCUGUGUUCGUGUUGGCUACCCUUCAGCAGCUGGAACCCACGGAAAACGUUCCGUACGUGCUGGUCAUGUGUCACACGCGCGAGUUGGCCUUCCAGAUCAGCAAAGAGUACGAACGGUUUUCGAAGUACAUGCCCACUAUCAAGGUGGCCGUGUUCUUUGGCGGUUUGCCGAUCCAGAAGGACGAGGAGGUGCUGAAAUCGACUAAUCCACACAUCAUCGUCGGAACACCGGGUCGUGUCUUGGCCCUCAUCCGCAACAAGAAGCUGAACCUUAAACACCUCAAGCAUUUCAUUCUUGACGAAUGCGACAAAAUGCUUGAACAGCUAGACAUGCGUCGCGAUGUGCAGGAAAUCUUCCGCAACACACCGCACGGCAAGCAAGUGAUGAUGUUCUCCGCCACCCUCAGCAAGGAGAUCCGGCCCGUUUGCAAGAAGUUCAUGCAAGAUCCUAUGGAAGUUUAUGUCGACGAUGAAACCAAAUUGACGCUCCACGGUCUACAGCAGCACUACGUUAAGCUGAAGGAAAACGAGAAAAACAAAAAGCUUUUCGAGCUACUCGAUGUGCUCGAAUUCAACCAGGUCGUCAUCUUCGUCAAGUCGGUGCAACGCUGUGUGGCCCUGGCGCAGCUUUUGACAGAGCAGAAUUUCCCCGCCAUCGGUAUCCAUCGCGGUAUGGUCCAGGAGGAGCGGUUGUCUCGCUACCAGCAGUUCAAAGACUUCCAGAAGCGUAUCCUGGUGGCGACUAAUCUGUUCGGGCGCGGUAUGGACAUCGAACGGGUCAACAUCGUGUUCAACUACGACAUGCCGGAAGAUUCCGAUACCUACCUGCAUCGUGUGGCCCGUGCCGGUCGUUUCGGUACCAAGGGGUUGGCCAUCACAUUCGUCUCGGACGAAGCCGACGCUAAGAUUCUGAACGAAGUCCAGGAUCGCUUCGAUGUCAACAUCACCGAACUGCCGGACGAAAUUGAUCUCUCAUCGUACAUUGAAGGACGAUAAAAUCACUCUCUGAAAACAUGUGAUCGGAGAGGCAACUCUGAUGCUUUUUUAGUUUGUAAUUUUUCUAGAGUGUAAAAGAUAACGUACGAUCCCAUUGAGACGAGUUUUAAAUACCGCCCCUGAGGAAACACCCUACUCGUAGUCGUGCAGUAGGUUCCGACCGGUAAUCACGAAGCUUCACUAACAUUCGAUUAGUUAAGGAAACACAAAAUACGCUACUACAGUCGAACGUUGCGCAGUAGUCUACUGCCUUUUCAGUAGAGGUCUAGUAUUGAACAAACCUGUUUCGUUUUUAACUGGGAAACCACUAAAACUUAAAUCACUGAUUCCCCCCCGUGUAGGUUUAGUUCUGGUAACAAUGGCUAAGUAAUUAAAAAAUGAUUUGGUGAAAUUGUGAGAUUCAA